AUGACUGCAAUUACACAACCCGAGUCCAGGCCGGGAUCGUCGUCGUCCUCGGUGACGGCCAACGAAGCCUCACACUUUAACCUCAUCUUUGACCAAGUCGGCCUCGACGAUGCCGUCCUCAACCACAAGUACGCCGGUGAGGGUACGACCGAGUCCCCCUAUCUCGUCGACUUUCUCCCCAACGACCCUCGAAACGCCAUGAACUUUUCCCAGACCAAGAAGUGGGCCAUCACUAUCCUACAGGCCAUCGCGACGCUCGCUGUCGCCUUUGUCAGUACCGCCUACUCAGGCGGUCUCACUGAUAUCCUGAUGGACUUUCAUGUAUCGACCGAGGUUGUCAUUCUCGGCAUCUCCAUGUUCGUCCUGGGCUUCGCUAUCGGUCCCCUUUUCUGGGCACCUCUGUCUGAGCUUUACGGCCGGCAGAUUCCUUUCUUCAUCUCUUAUAUGGCUUUGACGGCGUUUAACGCGGGUGCUGCUGGUGCACCCACCAUGGCUGCUUUGAUCGUUCUUCGAUUCUUUGCCGGUUCUUUCGGCUCCUCGCCUCUUACUAACGCUGGUGGUGUUAUUGCCGAUAUGUUUGAUGCCAAGCAGCGUGGUAUUGCCUCGGCGCUGUUUGCCAUGGCACCUUUCCUUGGUCCUACUAUUGGUCCUAUUGCUGGUGGUUUCCUUGGCGAGCACGAAGGCUGGCGCUGGAUUGAAGGCAUGAUGGCCAUCUUUACCGGUAUCGUCUGGAUUGUCAACUCGCUUCUCAUCCCCGAGACCUACGCCCCUUAUCAACUCCGACGCCGCGCUGCCGCCCUCUCAAAGGCGACUGGCAAGGUCUACAUUGCCAAGAUGGAUGCUGGCCGCCCUCACACGAGCGUCGCUACGCAGUUCAAGGUGGCUCUUUUGCGACCCUGGAUCCUGCUCUUCAAGGAGCCCAUCGUCUUGCUCACCUCGAUUUACAUGGCCAUCAUCUACGGCACUCUGUACCUCUGCUUUGCUGCUUUCCCUAUUGUUUUCCAACAGGGUCGUGGAUGGAGCCCUGGUAAGGGAGGCCUCGCCUUUAUUGGUAUCGCAGUGGGCAUGCUGUUUGCCGUCACUGGUUCCAUCAUGGACCAGAAGCGAUACAUGCGUGUGGCUGCUGCUAAUGGCGGCCAUGCGCCCCCCGAGGCCCGACUUCCCCCUACGCUUGUCGGUUCUAUCCUGAUUCCUGUCGGUCUGUUUUGGUUUGCCUGGUCCAACGGAAGCGACGUGCAUUGGAUCGUUUGCAUCAUGGGCUCAGCUGUCUUCUCUGCUGGCCUUGUGGUGGUGUUCCUCUCGCUAAUGAACUAUCUCAUUGACUCUUACGUUAUCUUUGCCGCAUCGGUGUUGGCCGCAAACUCGGUUCUCCGAUCAAUCUUUGGUGCCGCAUUCCCGCUCUUCACCAAGUACAUGUACGACGACCUCGGUAUCCACUGGGCCAGCUCGGUGCCGGCCUUCCUGGCCAUCGCGUGUAUCCCGUUCCCGUUUCUGUUCUACAAGUACGGCGAGACCAUCCGGAUGAAGUGCGAGUUUGCUGCUGAGGCGGCCAGCGAGAUCACGGAAGACCAAGCCGUGGCUGAAGCUGAAGAGGCCGAAAAGGAACGCCGGGCGAGCAAUGCUCUCCGCCGAAGCAUGUCAAGAGUUCACACCAACGCGACUCACUAA